UCAACGAUAAUGUUGAAAGUAAUUAUAUUAAUAAUAACAACUUCGAUAUAUAUCGUUUGUUGUCAAAAUGAUUAUGAAUUGGAAUUUUUAGAGGAAAACAUUUUUUCACCUUGCGAAAAUUAUUCAGAUAAUUAUAUUGAUCAGCUGUUUGACAUAAGUAAUGCAAAUAUUGAACAAACCGAAGAUGGAAGUUUGGUUGUCAAUGGAUUUACUAUUGUAACACGUACAGUGGAGGGAUCAUUACCGUUAAAUAUUGAGAUAUUCAAAAGAGAACGUGGAACAUGGCAACCCACCAUUUACACUCAAAAACGUAAUGAUACUUGUACAGCUUGUUUUAGUAAGGUUGAACUGUGGAAUUCCUAUUUGAAAAAUACACCAGCAGAACAAUUAACCUGUCCAUUUACGCAGGGACAAAGAUUAGAUUUCGAUAUUAAUGAGCCAACCAUUAUGUCACUACCAAUUCGCAAUGCCGAAGGAGAAUAUAAGAUUCAUGUUAUGUCUGGUUCUGAGUUAAAUGAUUUUUUUAUAUGUACUGAAAUUUACACAAUGGUACAUAAAAUGUAGAUUUAACUUAAUGUCCGUAAAAUUAUAUUGUUUAUUUCACUAAUAUAAUCGAGUUUGAUUUUGCACUUCAAAUAACAUUUAAAUAAAUAAUUGUAGGAGGA